AUGGACCUCAAGGAUGCGUGCGGCACCACCACCACGGUGAUGGUCAUAGGUGUUUACUUCCAGGCCGGUUGCGACGCCACGGCCUCGGGCCAGACGGCCGACAUUGCACAGGUUGCCCUGCAGUCAGGCUUCAAGUUUGUCAUGUUAGGGGAUUUCAACGUGGAGCAGACCCACCCGGUCCUUCUUGAUUGUGCUUUGACUGGAAUGAUCAAACCAUGUGAUCAGUGUCAGCCCGGCCUGCUCCCGCCCACGGGACCGCUGUACCGUGGCAGCCGCCGCAGGAGGAUUGACUAUGCCUUGGCGCACGUCCAGUGGCCCGCCCUUUCCACUCAAACCCUGGACGGACCGUCAGAUCACCAGGUGGUCACAUACACCUUUGAGGCCCAUGCCCCCUUGCUACGAAGAGGCCCACGACGACGCCCUGUGGGUCAGGAUGCUUCUGUGGAUGAGCUUGAGGCUCGUGGUGCCCUGUGGGACCAGACCCCGUUCACGGCCGCGUGUCAGGAGGGUGAUCUUGAUGAGGCCUGGCGCCUGUUGUCGGAUUGGGGGGAAGCGCUGCUGUGUGAUCCUGAUCCUGGCGCCGUUCCCCGCAGCUCUCCGUGGCUGCCUGCUGUGCCCAGACAACCUCCCACUGGGAAACAACCCGAGCGCUCGGCUGGUCUUCGUGCCCUCCUUAAGCUGCUUUCUCGUCUCAGGGCGGCCGUGGCGCAGCCUCACCUUGAGUCGCUGUGGAACCGCAUUGCCAAGUCUCUUGCUUUCACACGCCGUCUGGUGCCCGAGCUUCCUCGCAUUGAUCGUGCCGAUCAAGACACUGUGGAGUGCGUGGCUGCUUUGGCCCAGCAGUACUCGGAUCAGGAAAGGGAUGCAGCCCGCCGGCUGUGGAAACGUACCACCCGCCACUCCCUUGCCGCUGCCAGGACCUAUGUUAAGAGCAAAGCUGAUCAGAUCCUUGAGUGGGACCGGACCAUGGCUGAGGACAGGGCUCCUACCAACGGCAGGCACCCAGCCAUCGAGGUGGACAGGCAGGCACAGGAUUGGAUGCUCAAGUGGGCAUCGCAGUGUGACGGUGCCGAACCCGGUGCCCAGGUCGACCGCAUCUUGUCUGAAGUCCCGCGACCCCCUGCCACGGAGGUCUCCUUCGAAAUCACGGCAAUCAUGCUUAGGACCGCGCUCCGUGGUAUGCAGCAUAAGUCUUGUGGCCCGGACGGGUGGGAUGCACAGGCACUCUUGAGACUUCCCACCCGAUGGUGGGACUGCGCCGCCCUGCUCUGGAACUGCGUUGUUGCGCAGUCCAAGGUCCCAGAAAUGUGGUUGCGAGGCCGCACGGCUCUGUUGUGGAAGCCGAGUGGAGGCACGAGGCCCAUAUCGGUCUUACCGUUUAUAUGGAGAUGUGGUGCCAAGCUCCUCAACCAACAACUUUCCCAAUGGACCGCCAGCUGGAGGUCUCACUUCGAUUCCGGUGGUGUCGCUGGCACUUCCAUUGACACUGCACUGCAGCAGUUGCACCGUGAGCUGCAGUCGGGUGCCCAAAUGGCUGUGCAACAGGAUGUGAGUUCCUUCUUCGACUCGUUGGAGUAUGGGCUCACCGCCCGGCUGCUUCGCCACCUGCGUGCCCCAGAGUGUUUUGUGAGACUCUUCGAGAAUUACUGUACCAGGUCUUCCCGCAUCUUUGCUCUUCAGGGCGCCCUAAGUGGUGAUUGGGUUCGGCCUGGUCGGGGGUUGCCUCAAGGUUGCCCGCUCUCCCCCGUGAUCGCGGCGGCCGUUUCCCACUGUUGGGCGGCAUUUGUCCUCAGGCCCCAGAGCGCGAGACCGGCCACGGUCACUGGACAUGCGUAUGUGGAUGACAGAUGCUUGCUCCUUCGUGCCAAGGCCCCUCAUGCUCACCUUCGUGAUGCUUUGCUGCGGUCGGAUGCCUUUGACCAUGCCUUCAAGUUACAGCUGUCACUCACCAAGUGCGCGGUUGUGGCACGCGCCGAUGAUGCUGAAGCGUCUGCUCUAGCUCGGGAGCGGCAGUACCAACACCUGCAAACCCUCGAGGUACUGGGCGUGACUGUCCCCCUGGAGGAGCAAUGGGGCCUGCUCCGCUUCUCCUUGGCUAAGGUUCAACUUAGGCUGCGGUUGAUGCGGGGUCUUGACUUGCGUCUCAGGGACGCCCGCCAACUUCUCCGACAGCUGAUCGUUCCGGCUUACGCAUGGGCCGCUCCGUAUGCCAUGCCCGAGCCUCAUGAACUCGAGGCCGUCCGGCAGGAGACCCUGCUUCUUUGCUCCCGUCAGGUUGGCCAGGAAGCUGCCAGGGUCUUGUUUUACGAGAUUGCAGGGUGGUUUCUGGAGCCUCAGUUUGCCCUUGAUGCCGCCGUGCUUAGGGCCACGUGGCGGUACGUUGUCCGCCCACCCGAGUGGUGUGAGGAGCUGCCGUUGUCUGAUGCCCGGCCGCCGCCGCCUACUGUGCUGCCUCGCCUUCGACAAACCCUUGAUCGUUUGCGCUGGUGGCUCACUCCUGAUGCCGGCCACCUCUGCUGCACAGGCUCGCUAGGGGAAACGCGCCAGGUUCAGGUGGGCUUCGAGUCGUUUCGCAUCGUGCUUCGGUGGCUCACCGUGGCCUAUCGUAUGCGGUAUGUGCUCAACACCGGCAGAGUGUGGCAGUAUCGGGCGAGGGAGGCUGAUGCGGCUUGUGGUUUGCUGUGCCCGGUCCCCCCCAAGGAUGCACACUAUGAGUUCGCAGGUCACAGGACGGUCUUUGAGGAGGCUCGCGGGGACCGCAACCUCGUGUUGGCCUCGUUCGGGGCCGGUUGCACUAAUUGGUUCUUUAAUGCCAAGGCCAACUUUGACCCUGGGCACCAGCGUCAUCUGUGCAUGUGCGGCGGCUCUAAGCCGUCUAGACCGCACCUCGUGUGGUGCUGCAGCCACACGGCUAGCCUGAGGCAAGGUAUCCUCCCCCCCCAGGAUCGUGCUGCGGAGCGCCUCUUCGCAAGAGCCGUGCCGUUGAUGCCCGUGCCGCCGCCUGCUGUGGACCCCGAAGGUUUUCGUGAGGAGCUCUGUGAACAGCUUCUUCCGCUGAUGGCAACCAGCACGGUGGCUGUCGCCACAGAUGGUUCCAGUAAGGAUGAGGUUGGGGCUAUGGGCUUCGCCUUAGGGUCUCCGGACAUUACCUGUGCCACGGCCGAUGCCUUGGAGGACCAAUGCUCCUUCCGCAUGGAACUCCAGGCGGUGCACUUGCUCCUCUCGUCGUUGCGUGAUGCUGUUGCCAUGGCCAAAGCCCACAACACUUUCAGUUGCCGACGUGUCUGGUUGGCGGUCGACUGCGAGGCUGUGAUUCGGGCUGUGCAGGGUGAUCGUGGCUUCGACUACUUCCUCUUGCUGGAAGGUGUGCGGCAGCUCCGGCGGGAAUUGCAUACCAUGGGCCUCUCGACGGCUUUCGUGUGGGUCCCCUCUCACGGCAAGCGGCCCACCUGGGCUCCACCGCAUGGCUUGGACGGCUCCCUUCUUCGUGCGCUCAACCAGGCUGCGGAUACAGUGGCGGGCCGCUGCAUGCUGCGGCGGCUCAAUGGAUCUGCUAGGGAACGCUGUGCUCAGGUGCGCCGCCAGGCUCUUGAUUGGGAAGUGCAGACGCUAAGGACCGUUGCGCUCACGGCGUCCGCCUAUCAAGGCUAUCUCAAGACGGUGGGCCAUGGGCGAGCCAUGACGCUCUUCAUCGAGCCGCUCCGCUUCGUUCUCUACUACCUGUGCUCCGUCUUCGUCUCCUUUGGCGACGGGUCUGGGCAUGGCUUUGGGUCCUUUGGGACCGCUUCCUUCACACGGGCUCUUCGUGGUCCUGGUUUGCGGAUUGGCGUGCUGAUCCUCGGCGAGUUCUACGAUGAGCCCUUCAUGGUCUCUGGUCCGCCUUCUACCUGUUCCCCGCCUUCGCCCCCUUCGGCGAUUCGUCGGCUUGGGUUCUUGGUGUGCCGCUUCUUCUACGUGCUCUUCGUGGUCAUGGUCCUGGGUGCGCUUGUUGCUCCUUGGCGAGCUCUACGACAAGCUCUUCAUGGACGGGACUUUCGCCCCUGGGCGCUGGUUCUACUUCUACGACAGGACUGUGGUGGCUGCUUGCUGCCAUUGGGUCCGCUUCUCUACUACCUGUACCCCGUCGUUGUCUCUGUCGGCGACUGGUUAGCAUGGCUCCUUUGGGGGCCGCUUCUCCUCUGUGCUCUUCGUGGUCAUGGCCUUGGGUUGCGCUUGCUGCUCCUCGGCGAGGUCUACGACGAGCUCUUCAUGGAUUGGGCUCGGCGUACUCUCCGUGCUGGGUCUGGGCUUGGCCUUGGGCUCUCUGGGGCCGCUUCUUCUACACGUGCUCUUCGUGAACAUG